GCAGGAGCAACCAGCAGAGGGAAGCGGAGACCAGGACAGCCGCCAGAACCUCUGAGAAGCCCAGAAACUAAGGAGAGAAGAUGCUUCAAAUUGGGGGCCUCAUUGUCUUCUGUGGGCUGCUGACCCAGACUACAGCCCUGUUGGAAGCCCUGCCCUUGGGUCAGGACCUGCCCUCAGGUCCCAAGGAUCUUGCUGGAAGCCUGAGAAAUGCUCUCAACAAUGCCCUCCUCUCUGGGGAUCUGUUGGAAACUCUCACAAACCUUCCACUUUAUGACAUCCUGAAGGCUGAAGGAGACAAUUCUGGCAACCUGGUUGGUGGCCUGCUUGGGAGACUGACUUCCAUGAUCCCUCUUCUGGACAACAUCCUUGAUGUGAAGGUCAUUAAUCCCCAGCUGCUGGAACUUGGCCUUGUGCAGAGCCCUGAUGGCCAUCGUCUCUACGUUACUAUCCCUCUGGGUUUGGUCCUCAAUGUGAAAAUGCCCCUUGUCAGAAAUCUGCUGAAGCUGGCUGUGAAGCUCAACAUCACUGCAGAAGUAUUAGCUGUGAGAAAUGAACAGGGGAGGAUUCACUUGGUUCUUGGAGACUGCACUCACUCCCCAGGCAGCCUGGAACUCUCCCUGCUUGAUGGAGUUGGCUCCCUCCCCAUUCAAAACCUUCUGGACAACCUCACCGGGGUCUUGACUAAGGUCCUUCCUGAUCUGGUGCAGCACCAGGUGUGCCCUCUGCUCAAUUCAGUUCUCAGCAACUUGGACCUGACCCUGGUGCAUGACACUGCCGAUAAACUGAUCCAUGGGCUGACAUUUGUCGUCAAGGUCUAAGCCUUCCAGAAAAGGACCUGGCCUCUGCUGAGCUAACCAUUUCCUGAUGCUUCUGAGGACUCACAGAAGGCUAUCUAUGUCCUGGACAUGGUUUGGGGACCAGAACAGCCUUUUCUCCAAGGAAACUGCUUCCCCCCCCCACUUUCCCACUACAUUGCAUAUUCCUCACCAAAUAAAAUUGCUCUUUGUCUGCAAA